GAAGAUCGAACCCCGGACCCUAUAAAACCGCGAUGUACGUGUCGAUCGCCGCUUAUAACCCAGCCGGUCUUCGGGUCUGCACCAUCUUCGCUGAGAUUUUCGAUCGCGGAAGAUCCAUCCCACAGAUACUCGUUAUAAAAGAUGCGGAUGUGCUCACCGAUGUGGCUGCAGCUGGCCAUGUGCCUCGUCUGCCUGGGUGCUGUGUCAUUGCAGCAACUGCAAUCGUUUCCCAAGCUCUGCGACAUCCAAAACUUUGAUGACUUUUUGCGGCAAACGGGCAAGGUGUAUUCGGAUGAGGAGCGGGUCUACCGUGAAAGUAUCUUCGCCGCCAAGAUGUCCCUCAUCGCCUUGAGCAACAAGAACUCCGACAGUGGUAUCUCCAGCUUCCAGCUGAGCGUCAAUCCUCUGGCCGAUAUGACAAAGAAGGAAAUCGCCACCCUGCUGGGAUCCAAGAUCUCGGAUAAUGGAGAAAAAUACACCAAUGGCCACAUUAACUUCUUGACUGGCCCGAGGACAUCCAACGUAAAUCUGCCCGAGAAAUUCGACUGGAGGGAGAAGGGUGGAGUCACGCCCCCUGGUUUCCAGGGUGUGGGCUGUGGAUCCUGUUGGUCUUUCGCCACCACCGGAGCCCUCGAGGGCCACAUCUUCCGGCGCACGGGCAUCCUGCCCUCGCUCUCGCAACAGAACCUGGUGGACUGCGCCGACGACUACGGAAACAUGGGAUGCGACGGCGGUUUCCAGGAGUACGCCUUCGAGUACAUUCGCGAUCAUGGCAUCACUCUUGCCAAUAAAUACCCGUACACCCAGACGGAGAUGCAGUGCCGUCAGAACGAGACUGCUGGACGUCCACCACGUGAGAGCAUCGUGAAGGUGCGGGACUAUGCCAGCAUUACACCCGGAGACGAGGAGAAGAUGAAGGAGGUGAUUGCCACUCUGGGUCCCCUGGCCUGCUCCAUGAACGCCGACACCAUAUCCUUCGAGCAGUACGGCGGUGGCAUCUACGAGGACGACGCCUGCAAUGCGGGCGAGGUCAACCACUCGGUCACGGUUGUUGGUUAUGGAUCGGAGAACGGACGGGAUUACUGGAUCAUCAAGAACUCGUAUUCCCAGAACUGGGGCGAAGGCGGCUUCAUGCGUCUGCCCCGAAAUGCCGGCGGCUUCUGUGGAAUCGCCAGCGAGUGCAGCUACCCCAUCCUGUAGGCUCUCUACCAACUAAGCCUAGCUUUUAGUUUAGUCAAUUACAAACCACGAAUUUAUAACUUUGUUACUCUAGUUUGUAGCUUUCCAGUAAAUAAAGAAAAAUGAGCCUGAAGUUGUACUUUCUUCUGGUUAGGUUACUUUCUUCCCGAAACUAUAGCAAUGAAUAAUGAAUCUCUACUAGAGGAAGUACCAUUUUUAGCAGUGGGAUAAAUGCAAACCAAAUGUUGAUAUUAUAAGAUUAUUAUUUGCUUCAUACUUGACAUUCAAAAGAAUUCUCAGUAUGCGAAAAAUCUUUGAAAUGCGAUCAUCUCGUGAAUUUGGUGCCGAAUAAAAUGGUUUUGAGGUACACCCAUCCACUACUCUAUAAAGGUCAAUAUUAAAUAUUGUGGUUUCUUUUAAAUAGACUAUUUUCUUUAAGAUUAUAUCUUUUAUACUAUUCAACAUGAUAUUAAAAUCAUAGUUUUUUAAUAAUGUUUUUACUUUAAUCUUCAAGUAUCCUCAAGAGUCAUUUAUAUAUCUUGAAAUUCUUUCUCGAACAGAGUACUUGUAAUACUGAGUAAUAAUAAUUACUCAGUUCUUUGCGUCAUAAGAUCUAAU